AUGUCCAAAGCGAACUCUGCAGCUCCAGCUUCUGAAGGAUCAUUUGAUCCAUACAGCAUCGAGGGCCUAGUUCAUCGACACGAAAAUCGACAACUACUUCUUCAGAGGUUACAGUUGGUAAGGCGUCAGAUCAAGGAUUUGGAGAAUGAAGUCCUGGAUAUUGAGCGGACGGUGAACUGCUUGCCGUAUCGGCCCCAGGAUUCCCACUCUGUGACUUCGGAUUCUCCACGAAUUAAUCGCUUGGCAGCUGCUGGCGCUGGUGGUCUUGCCCUGCCCUUGGCCGUGGGGAUUAUGCAUCCGCUGGACACGGUGCGAACCACGAUGCAGGCAAGACAUGGUGUUUUGGGCUUUUCAGAAGCCGUGAAAGCCUUGGGGUCUCGUGGCAUAGCGAGAGGUUUCGGACUCAGCUUUGCUUGGGCCUGUCCACAAGGAGCGAUACGAAUGGCCAGCUAUGAAACAUGUAAAGAGCUGCUCUCAGACAAGUUCUACAUGAAAUCCUUUGGUAUUGGAGUCUCGGCUGUUUUGGCUGACUUUGCAAGCAGUGUGAUCAAGGUGCCCCGCGAGCUAAUAACACAACGCAUGCAAACCGGCCAAUACACUUCGAGCUGGGCAGCUUGCCAAAGUAUCCUUCGACAGGAUGGCUUUUCGGGCUUAUUUCGUGGGUACCUCUCCACAGCUUCAAGAGAUACGCCUUUCAUGGUCCUUUUGUUCUUUUCGUACGAACAGUUCAAAGCUUGGAAGAUUCGACUGACUUUCGGAGAUUCGCUUCCCCCACUGGCACCAUGGUCAGAUGCUGAGACGGUGCUUUGGGGUGGUGUCUCUGGUGCCUUAGCUGCUUGGUUGACCACUCCCUUCGAUGUGAUCAAGACACGUGUGAUGACCGCAGCAGAGGAGCGCCUGGUGGUUCUGCGUGAGCUCUGUCUUCUUCGCGACUUACGAGAGGCUGAGAUCCAAGUUUCAGCAGAGAUCAUUUGUGGAGAGCCCUCGCAGAAUCGAGAUCUCAUAGAUGUUUGUAGCCCCUUCGAGAUUGCUGUUCUGAGCCGUGCUUGGCGCAUGGACUUUGGAAUUCCAUCGCCACGAAAGGGACCUCGGAGGCAACGGCCAGCAGAAAGGGAUCAUUUGGAGGAGCGACAACACUACAUAGGUGGCCACAGCCACAUGUAUUUGCUGGAUGACUAUGUAGCUGCUGAUGAGGAGUGCCAGAACCGCCCAAGCGAUGUGAAGGUGGUGCCACGAGUAAGGGAAGCGUGGCCAGACAACAACCGUUACCACCGCGACGAGGACAAGAGUGACAAGAGGUCAGUGGUGGUGCACAGUGCCUGGAACAAUAAGGCUCCUGGCCGGUGUCCAGCCUGUGGGACCACCUUCCUGCCCGAGGAUCGUUUUUGCCGCACCUGUGGUCGCCGUCGUGUCUCUUGGAGCGAUGAAGGCCCUGCACCGGCAAAUGGAGAUGAGAAGACGGCCCUGGAGGAGCUAAGAGAGGAUCAGGAGACAUUGGACCAUCCUCAGCGUGAAGCAAGAGCAGCCUCGAUGAGCCUGGAUGACGCCUUGGCCGUAGCUGCGGGCACCAGUGCUAUCUUUGUGGCAGGACGAGGUGGCCUGAAGCGCUUCGAGCUGCCUGACCUGCAGCUUACAGCUGCAGCGCCUUACGCCGGGAGCGCUGAUCCACCAGGUUAUGCGGAUCUGGCGGCAGGUCCAGAUUUCGUGGUUUGUGUUGAUUUGGAUGGGUGCCUCUUCCGCUAUGACUCCCGAACGUGUGAGCUGCAGGCGAAGCGGGCAUACCAACCGUCCGUCGUUGAGCAUUCGCAGCGCAUUGUGGCGAGCCAGCUGGAAAGACUCAGCAAACCCAUUGUGGGUUUGGAGGGUGGCUUUGGGGGCACUUCCCGCGUGGCGGCCAAUUCCAAAUCUGUUUACCUUGGAGGGCGUGAUGGUGUAGUUACUUCAUACUCUUCAGGCUCCUUGAGCCUCACUGGGAGGUGUCGGUUGCAAGAGGGCCCUGCCUCUGCGGCGAUUGGUAUUCGAGCGGUGUUGGGACACCCGGGCUGA